AUGAAUGAGGUAGAGAGUAUGAAUGAGGUAGAGAGUAUAAGUGAGGUAGAGAGUAUGAAUGAGGUAGAGAGUAUGAAUGAGGUAGAGAGUAUGAAUGAGGUAGAGAGUAUAAGUGAGGUAGAGAGUAUAAGUGAGAUAGAGAGUAUAAGUGAGGUAGAGAGUAUAAGUGAGGUAGAGAGUAUGAAUGAGGUAGAGAGUAUGAAGGAGGUAGAGAGUAUGAAGGAGGUAGAGAGUAUAAGUGAGGUAGAGAGUAUAAGUGAGGUAGAGAGUAUAAAUGAGGUAGAGAGUAUAAAUGAGGUAGAGAGUAUGAAUGAGGUAGAGAGUAUGAAUGAGGUAAAGAGUAUAAAUGAGGUAGAGAAUAUGAAGGAGGUAGAGAGUAUGAAUGAGGUAGAGAGUAUAAAUGAGGUAGAGAGUAUGAAUAAGGUAGAGAGUAUGAAUGAGGUAGAGAGUAUGAAGGAGGUAGAGAGUAUAAGUGAGGUAGAGAGUAUAAAUGAGGUAGAGAGUAUAAGUGAGGUAAAGAGUAUAAAUGAGGUAGAGAGUAUGAAGGAGGUAGAGAGUAUAAGUGAGGUAGAGAGUAUAUGUGAGGUAGAGAGUAUAAGUGAGGUAGAGAGUAUAAAUGAGGUAGAGAGUAUAAAUGAGGUAGAGAGUAUGAAGGAGGUAGAGAGUAUGAAUGAGGUAGAGAGUAUGAAUGAGGUAGAGAGUAUGAAUGAGGUAGAGAGUAUGAAUGAGGUAGAGAGUAUGAAUAAGGUAGAGAGUAUGAAUGAGGUAGAAAGUAUGAAUAAGGUAGAGAGUAUGAAUGAGGUAGAAAGUAUGAAUAAGGUAGAGAGUAUGAAUGAGGUAGAGAGUAUGAAUGAGGUAGAGAGUAUGAAUGAGGUAGAGAGUAUAAGUGAGGUAGAAAGUAUAAAUGAGGUAGACAGUAUAAAUGAGGUAGUGGGUGAGUGUGCAGCUCUUCUGAAAGGUUCGGUUGCCAUCGAGAGAGCGUACUGA